AUGGCACUCCCUCUCGAGAUCGACCUUACAGCCAGCGGCCUCCUCUCCAACAAUCUCGCUGCCAUCGUCAGCUACCCAUUCAUCUUCCUCGAAGGGCUCUUGCUAGACGGCAUCCCCCUAUUCGCCAUCCAAAUCAUCGAAUUCACUUUCCGUAGUCUCAGGCUAUCGGCCUUCUCCACUUUUUGGGCCUUCUUCAUCUUUUUUUUCGAAAUAUGUUGGUUCCUCGUCAAGACGUUUGGGUGGCUCCUUGCCGCUCUCCGGCUGGCCUGCGUCUCUGCGUCGGUUUACGCGUGCUCUUGGCUCGCUCAACGGGGCAUGCUGCUGGUGCUUGGAAACCUGAUCUACAUGGUGCCACUCGCGCUGGUGGGGAUGUUCGUCUUGCCGGAUCUGAAGAGGCGUGCUAUUCGGGUGUUCUUUUGGGCCUACGGAGACGUGAUGAGAAAGGUCAUAAGGAUGAUGGACGGGCUGGAGGAAAAAAAUGAGGGAGAGGAGAGCUAG